AUGGAUCCAAACGCCGACCAGAGCGACUCUGGGAAUAUUUUUGCAAACUAUCCUUUCUCGUGGAUACUCGUUCCGCUCAUCAUAUUCGUCGGCGUUGGCACACUGCUUCUAUGCUACCGAUACCGCCGACGACAGAAGCUACGCAUGCAAUAUGGCACCAGCGCCUUGGAACGAGAUAUAGAAGCUAUGGGGCGGCGGUCGAGAUCGCGGGUGAUGCACGAUCGGCGGACACGAGAACGCGGGCUCGGUAUCGGAGUUGGUAGCAGAGAGGAAGGCCUGAACGAGCUAGGCGAAGCACCACCAGCUUAUACGGCACCGCAAAAACGGCCCGAUAACGGCGAGGACGUGGAACUAUCUCCAAUACAGCCACUAUCAGGCGUGGCGGUGAUAGAUGGCGCUGGUACUAGCAGUCCCCCGACAUAUGACGAGCUACGUCAACAGCCAGCCCAUCCACCACAGUCUACCGUCCCUACUCCAACUUCGAAUAUGCCAGAACCACCCCCGAGAGCAGUAUUAGGCUCGAACUGA